CACAGACAGUGCAACACAAGACGGAACCACACAGUGCUGCUGCAAUAGAAGAGGCGUGUUUAUCCAUCUGCUUGCUCUGGUUGCUGCACUGCACCCUUUCGGCUCUUUUGCCCUCCCACCUUUUCAUCUUUUCUUGCGUUGCUGCUCUGUCAUCGUACCAAAUCUGCUAUCAAAUCUGUCUCCCUUCGCCCCUCCCCUGCCAAUUUUCUCUCCCCCCUUCGCUCAGGCCAGGCAUCGUCACGCCAGGCAAGCAGGCAGACUUUUCUAUCCCCAUAAUUUUGCACGCCUCUGCAUAACCCGCAACCACGCCUCCUCCUCCCCAAGUCCAGAGCUUCAUUAAUCACACCCCCAAAGAUCCUGGGUCCCAGGGUUUGCUUCAUACACACGCUCCGCAAUCUGAACUACACUGCACCGCACACCACCGCGCUCCGCUCCGUAUCAGCACCUCGUGCCCGGCGAAAUCAACGUCACGGCAGCAUCUCUCGUCACUCUCUGACCGUCACCGCCACCGGUCACCGUCACGGCCUUCGGCUUCGGCAACGGAGGCCACAACGACACCCACCGGGAGGAGCGUCAAGACGGAUCGCGACAACCUCAUCGAGAGCCUCGUGAUAAACACGCAGCCGAGUCUCGACUCAGCCAGACUGAACUUCCCAACUCACGCCACGUCACGUCACGUCGUCUUGCCUACUCACUUUGUCGCGAUUGAUAAACGAUAACAACACAUCCGGCGUACCCAUUGACUUCACUGGUCCUCCAGACUCAACUGUUUCGCGUUUAAACAUUUACGUUUACCAACCGGCCCUUCUGCCGGGCCUGACCAGGCGAUAUGUCGAGUCUGCGUCCAGGAUCCAAUAACCACACUGGCCUCAACUUUCCCCAGACCAGUCUUCGCCGCAACCCAUAUCCUCCAGUGCCUCAUCCAGGCCAACAGAACAAGCAAUCUCCCGCGCCUCAUUCUGCGUCCCCUUACCAGACUCAGGCAUAUCAGCCUCAGCAGACGCCAACCGGAUAUCCCCAGCAUCUUUUCUCAACUCCUUCGCAUGUCAACGGCAGUCUUUCCAAUGGCUCCUCGCGUUCUUCCACUUCGCACAUGCCCAGUGCGGUGCCGAACCCGCUUGAUGUGUCUAAUUCCCGAGGACUAUCGCAGUCACGCUCUCAAAUGAUGUUUCCAACCCUGGGACAGGUUGUGCCAAACCAAUUACACCAUCCACAGCAGCAACAACAGAUGCAUCCUCAGCACUUGACACAUCCUUCCCACUCCCUUGCCCAGCCUCGACAGACCCUUCAUCAGCACCAUGCUCAGCAGUCGCCUCAGCAGCGGCCUCAAUCUCAACAGGCUCAGCCAACUCCCAAGAUUGGCCAAGUUCAGGUCAAGCCUCAGGCGCCUUCUCCUCCCUUGACGCAGCAGUCAAACCAACAACAGCAGCAAUCGCACCAACAGCUUCAGCAACAACUCCAGCACCAACAGCAACAGCACCAUUUACAGCAGCAGCAGCAAUUGCAGCAGCAGCAACAGCUUCAGCAGCAGCAGGCACAACAGCAACAACAGUUACAGCAGCAGCAUCACCACCAACAGCAGCAACAACAACAGCCGCAGCCACAGCCGCAGCAACAAGCGCACCAGCAAGUGCACCCACAGCAGCAGCAACAUGCACAACAUCACCAUCAGCAGCAGCAGCAGCAAGCGCAGAUUCACUCUCAACAGCCACAGCAGCAACAGCUUCGAACUCCCCAACAGGAGCAGCAGCAGCUUCAACACCCGCAGCAACAUGAGCCUCCGAGAUCUCAAACACACCAGCAACCGGCGCCUCGACAACAGAAGCAGCAGAAGCAACGUGAUCAACAGCGUGAACAGCAACGUGAACAACAGGCCCAGCAACAGCAAAUCCAACAGCAGGCCCAGCAGGCUCAACAGGCCCAGCAGGUACAGCAACAGCAAGCACAGCAGCAGGCCCAGCAAGCUCAGCAGCAACAAAAGCAACAACCCCUUCCUGCAGAGCCAAUUCAACAGCAGCAGCAGCAGCAGCAGACUCAGCCACAGCAGCAGAAGCAAGAUGCAAAUGGGAGCGAGUCGAUGGAUAUUGACAACCAAGCAAAUGGGGAGGAGAGUGGAGGCCUAGACAUGAAAAUGCUCGCUGAUCCUAACUACAUCCCAACUCAGCCUUUGGGCGAAAUGAUGUCCCCACCGCCAGAAGGUGGAAGCUACCCUACUCUUGAGGCGGUCCAGAAGGCUGUUCUUAGAUACUGCACCUCGGUCGGCUAUGCUAUUGUCAUUGGUCGCUCAAAGAAGACAGUGCCUGGCUUGAAGAAGGUCCUCUUUGUUUGCGAUCGUGCUGGCAAGCCGCCGAGUCGUGUAAGCCCCGAGUGUCGCAAACGUAAAACAUCGUCCCGCAAGUGUGAUUGCCCGUUCGGCUUUUUCGCUAUCGAGCAGCGUACCCAGUGGACGAUCCGAUAUCGCCCUGACCCUGCCCAUCUUCAGCAUAAUCAUGGCCCAAGUGAGAGCCCUUCUCACCACCCAGCUGCCCGGAAACUGGACAGUAGAAUGGUUGCUGCGGUAAAACAGCUUAAGGAGAACGGCGCUGGCGUCUCGGAGACGCUGCAGAUACUGCAGACCGAAAACCCGGAUUGUCAUCUUCUGCCACGUGAUAUAUACAACGCUCGUGCAGCUAUCAAUCGCAACCCUCAAAAGGUUGCUACCGGACUGGCAGAGAACAGACCAGCUAUCUACAGCAAACCUCACCAGUCACCUGAAGAUCGCAUUCGCGCUGAGUUGAGGCGUGAAAUCGCAAAAGCUCGCGAAGAAAUGCAAGAAAUGGAGGAAAAGAAGGACAAAGAAAUCAGCGAGUUGAAGACGAAAUUGGAAGAGAAAGAAGUCAUCAUAAGAAAAUUUGAAGAGUUCAUUGAUAUUUGUAACGAAAGAGUUAUGUUUCAACGACAGCGACUAGCAGGAAGCAACGGAAAUGGGGCAAGUCAACCCCAAGUCUGAUCUGACCCAAUGGCGCAUCGGUUGUUCGAGUGGUUAUAUGGAAAGAGAAGUUGGGUUGUAUUCGAUAUGUACAAAGGCGUUAUGAUCGGGAAUGUUUGGUAACUGCUUACACUUAUGAGACUGGUUUUGCGCAUGCUUAUUCAAGUUGAUACUGGGCGGCAGGUUUGUUUUCUUUCUGGAGCAUGGUUUUGAAGAUUAUGACGUGGCUUUCGUUUUAGCACUCGAAAUUUGUGUGGCUGACAUAUUGUCACGGCAAGAAACGGUGAUGAUUGGAAUACAGACGUAUUUGUUAAGCAAUCCGACCCUGAAAUGCACCGAUGAGUGAUAGUUGCCAAUAGGCUCAAUAUAGAUCGAUGUACUGGUGUAGAUUUAUCAACCUCGUCCACCUG